GGAAGUUACGCAACCCGCAGUUGAACUGUGACCAAAAGCUCUGCUAAAGAUCACAAGAGUUAGCUUCAUUCAGGCUCGUAGCCGAGCUAUGUCUUCAUGAUAUUAUAUACUCAUCGUAGAAGACAGGAAGAGGGACGGUUCUGUGAAAUGUGCAGGGCAUAAUCGACGUCUCUUUAAACACGCAGUACAGCUUAUCAGCUACAAAAUACAAGUGAUAACGUUAUCACAGCCACAACAAUGCACUUGUCCUUAGUUUGCAUCGCCAAGCCUGUUCUUCAUGGAUACUUCAGAAGUUCCUGCUCCUGGAGGGUUCGCAUUGCUUUUUCUCUUAAAGGUAUUGAAUAUGACCAGGUUCCAGUCAAUCUAAUCAAAGAUGGAGGUCAGCAGCUUACACAACAGUACAAGACAUUAAACCCCAUGCAACAAGUGCCUGCAGUUGAAAUUGAUGGCAUCACCCUCUCUCAGUCACUGGCAGUGAUCCAGUACAUGGAUGAGACCAGGCCAGGGCCUCGGCUUCUCCCAGCAGACCCAAAGAAACGUGCCCAGGUUCGAAUGAUAAGUGAUCUCAUUGCCUCUGGGAUACAGCCUCUGCAGAAUUUGUACGUGAUUCAGAAAAUAGGAGCUGAAAAGGUGCAGUGGGCUCAGCACUUCAUUGAUCGCGGCUUUCAAGCUCUUGAGCCCAUUCUGAAGCAAACAGCAGGGGAAUAUUGUGUAGGUGAUGAGAUAUCCAUGGCAGACAUCUGUCUGGUCCCACAAGUCUACAAUGCAGAGAGGUUCAAAGUGGACGUUGGGCAGUAUCCAACUAUCAAAAGGUUAAAUCAAACCUUACUUGAGAUUGAAGCUUUCAAAGUGAGCCACCCGUCUAACCAACCAGACACACCUGCCGAUCUGCGUGCAUAGAACAACUCUGUGGGCUUCAGAGACAGCUUUGUACAUUGUUGAAUAAAAUGCUUUGAAAAUAA